AAAAUUCAGUCUUGUUUUAGCGGCUGAGCGAGUGUGAACGGCGUGGCAAAUGCGCGAGUAGUGCAAUUUUAUUUCGAAUGUGCGAAGAAGAAAACUAAGAAAACGAGACCAAAUUAAAGAUUUUUUCUUUCAUCCAAUUUAAAUAAGCUUGAAAAGCUUUAUUCGCUCCAAUGAUGGAGGAUAUUACGAAGAAUAUUAUAUUCACUACGAAUGCAAUAGGUGCCAAUGGGCAGCCUACGACUAUACAGUAUCAAACAGCUGACGGCACCAUAUUAAAACAACCGAAAAUAGAAGGACAGAAGGAGCAGCCCACAUUCUAUUACACCACCACAAAUGGCGGUGCAGCAACCACAGUUAACUUGGCACAACUGACCACUGACGACAAUAAAACAUGUUACAUAGCGCAACCAGUUGGUGGUUACAACUACGCACUGGUGAAUGGCAUGCAACUAAAUCAAGGUGGCACAAUCGGUAUAGCCACUUUAGAUGCACAGGGACGCUUGCAGAUUGUCAAUCAAAAUAAACCAAUUGCAGCAUCCUUACAGGCUAUUUCGCCAAUGCCAAAUACCAUCUCAAACAUCAGUUUCAAAUGCGAUGUGUGCGGUUUAAUGUUUUCACAUCUGGCGCUAUUGAACCAUCACAAACGUAUACACACACAAGAUGGCAGUGAUCAACAGCAGGGCCAACCGGAAACAAUAGUGGUGAAUGCACAAGGAUUGGUGCAGACACAAAAUAUAAUCACCGAGAAUGGGCAAAUGGGACAGAUACAGAUUGUGGCAACCGAAUCGCUGGAACCGGCCACAACUGUCUUGCAACAGCAACAACAGCAACAGCAGCAGCAGCAACAACAUACCAACACAGUGGUCACAAAUGUUACACAGAAUACGAGCAAUGAAAUGGCCGUGAACACAACCAACAUUGCCGGCUUAAAAUCCGUUAAGCUCACGCAAUCAAAAUGCGUAACAUGUGGCAAUCAAAUGCUGCAACCUGCCAAACGUAAGGGCCCAAAACUGGUGCGCUGCGAGGAUUGUAUACGCGUAGAUCAAGAGAUGAACGCACCGCAAGGCAUUACGCCCACACAAAUAUUCGUUGCACAAGAUGGUGACAUAAAAUGUGAAUUGAAUGAAUUUGUAACUGGCAGUGCGGAUUCUUCGCCAAUGGACUCGCUCACAGCACAAGGUGGUAUGUUGACGCAUCACCAGCUGCAACCGGUGCAGGUGGUAUCGGCGAGUUCGCCGGAGUCACAGCAUCAACAAAGCAGCCAACAACAACAGAAUAUCGCGCCGAAACAGGAGCAAUCAGGCGGUCAAACGACUGCGGUCGGCAAUCAUCCAGUGAAGAAACGUAAUCAACAGCAAGUGACCAAAUGUCAAAAAUGCAAUGGAUCUGGCGUGGUUUUUGUGGGUUCAGGCACACCGGCGACCAAACAGCAGGCUGUCAAUGUAAAAGCAGAAAAUCCCAAGCCGUUUACUUGCAACAUUUGUGGCGGCACAUUUUCACGUUACUCCAGCCUGUGGUCACACAAGAAGCUGCACAGCGGCGAAAAGAAUUACAAGUGCACCAUUUGUGGACUGGCCUUUGCCAAGGCGGUGUACUUGAAGAACCACGCAAGAAUACACACCGGUGAGAAGCCCUACAAAUGUCAAACAUGUGGCAUGCAAUUUUCGCAAUCGCCACAUCUCAAGAACCACGAACGCACGCACAGCGGCGAACGGCCAUAUGUCUGCGAGGUGUGUGAUAAAGGCUUCGCGCGGCAUGCCACAUUAUGGAAUCACCGGCGCAUACACACCGGCGAAAAGCCUUACAAGUGUGAUAUCUGCGGCUCGGCAUUCUCGCAGGCUGCACAUUUGAAGAAUCACGCCAAAGUGCAUUCGGGCGAAAAACCAUUCCGUUGCGAUAUCUGUUCGGCGGCCUUCGCUGAUCGUUUUGCGCUGAAGCGGCAUAGAGGCAUUCAUCAGAAAUAUGGACAAACUGCACCGCGACAACCAGCGCAAACGCAACAACAACAGUCCAUGUCCACAGAUGAUGUGAUGAUACAUAAACAGGAAAUACCCGAAAUGGAUGAUGACGCACAGCAAGAGGUGAUCAUAUCUGGCUUAUAGACAAAAGCGGCAACAGCAACAGUUGCCACAAAUGCAAUUAUUGCUGCGCAGCGGUAUCAAUUACAUGCGAUCACAACUACUUCCGCUACCACACCGACACCCACAUUGACUGCGACAACGACAGCGCAUACAAAGUUGAUGACGAAUCAACAUCAACAGCAACAACAACAGCCAGCACUACCGAAAAUGCCACAGCAACAACAACAAACAACGAUAACAUUACCAACACAAACGCAACAACAACAACAAAGUGCAGUUGGCGUUACAACAACUGUAACAGCCAAUAUUAAUAGUCAACAACAACACAUAACACAAUUGCAACAACAACACCACCAGCAACAA